AUGGUUCAAGAGUCUUAUAAAGUUAAAGGGUAUGGAGAAUUUCCAAGAAAGUUUCAAUGUCACACAAAUAGGAGGCUGUCUUCGGGAUAUCCAGUGAUUAAGGGUCCAAGAUCCGUUAACGAUAAGAUCGCUAUUAUAGGCGCCGGAAUGGGUGGUGUACAUAUGGCUUCUUUACUGAAGGAACGUGGAUAUAAAAAUAUCAAAAUUUUUGAACAAAGACAAGAAGUUGGAGGAAAAGCUUAUUCUCGUUUUUACAGAGGCGUGUGGCAGGAUUUUGGCGCAGCCUUUAUGACUGAAAUCUAUGAUAAAAUUGUUAGUCUUUUGGGGAGAUAUAAUGCUGGAUUCAAAAUUGUAGCCAAGAAUCCCAUUUCAAUUUGGCAGAAUGAUUUUGAAGACACCAACUUGAGGAUUAUCCUGAUUAGAAGGUCAGGAGAAACCUCCCCAGAAGCAGCUCUCCGCCGUGUCCAAGCCGCUCUGGCGAAGUACGGUAGAAUUCACCGCUGUUUGUUUGGAAACUAUUCCAGUGAACUCAUGCCUCGACCAGUUCCCGAAAUUCUCCAUGAAAUUCGAGGGAGUUUCUUGGAUUUCUUACGACGUAAUGAUUUAUUAUUGUUGGAACCGAUUUUCGAAACUGCUUUGUCAAAAAAUGGAUACGGAAAUCUCAAUCAAAUUUCAGCCAUAUACGGACUAAAGUGGAUUCCUCCCGAGGCAGUAAACGCUGCUUUCAAACCUGAAAAUGGAUUGUGGCUUCUUAGGGGAGGGUUCCAGAGACUUGUUUCCGAGAUUGUCAAACGAAACCAAUUAAAUAUACAUUUUGGAGUUAACAUUAAAAACAUUCAAAGAAGAAAAGGGCCUUCAGGUAUUCACAUAACAUAUUCAUCACAGAAUGACCCGAGUGUUUUUAAGGAGAGUUUUGAUUUUUUGAUUCUUUCCCCAGCAAUGAACUCCUUACUUGAUAUCGUAGAUUUCAAUUUGAGGGAACGUAAUAUAUUUAGCACGUUGGUGAAUUCCUACAUUAUUGCGUCGUUGGUCGAGUCCGACAACGGAAGACGUGGCCAAGAUCCACAUAUGGACUUCACUACAAGCAUUGAGCCGCCAUAUUCUGUGGAAGGAGGUAUAAAUUUUUAUCAAGCUAGGAAAAAUAUCACUGGUGAUGCCCAUCGUCUUGGAAUUCGAGAGAAUGGCCCAAAUGGAAGACCGCAGGAAGCCGUCAUGUACCAACAGUAUGGCUUUGAAAAUCCUUUUACAAAGGAAAUGGGUUUUAUCAUCCAGUCAAAAUUACAGGCGCAUUUGCGACUAUUUGAUAAAACAAAUGCGCAUAUUUUAGAACAAAUAAAAUGGGGAUAUUAUUUUCCCAGGUUCCCACCCAAAGAUGCAGAUCGUGGCUAUCUUUGGGAUAUAUUAGAUAUGCAGGGUCAGUUUAACACGUGGUAUAUAGGAUCCUCAGUAUGCUUUGAAAGCAUGGAAAGUGUGGUGGAAUAUAAUUAUCUGUUGAUAAGAAGAGCAGGUCUUUAA